AAGUUUUGUUCCAGAAACUGCAUUACGUUUGAUUUCUCAGGAUAAGGGCAAUAUAACAUUUGAAGAAGCUAGAAAAAUUAUGGAAGAAAGUGCCAAUUUUGACUAUUAUGUACAUAAAGAAGAGUAG